AGUGAAACAGCAGCGCCCCGCCCUAACUUGUCCGAACACGAGGCGGCCAUUUGUUUACACUGGUCAGCUGAGGCACAAAGAGGCCUCCCCAUCCAGAUAACUUCAGUAUGGCUGAUGUGUCCUCUAUAGAGCAUCCUACCCUAAAAGUUCCAUAUGAUGUCCUUAACAAGAAGUUUCGGCUGGCCCAGAAAACCUUAGACCGGGAGGUGUGUCACGUGACCAGCGCCGUGACGGAACUCGAGCGAAUCCUCUUUACCGACAACCGCAGUGCCUCACAAAUCUCGUCUCUGCUGGGUGGGGUGGUGGAGAAGCUGUCCUCCUUCAAGCGCAAGGCUGAAGAGGCAACUCAGGAAGAAAUUGAGUCUGGGCGGGUUGUGAAGCGGCGCGUGGACCACCUCAAGGACCAUGACUCCCUCAGCCCAUCCGUGGUGGCAGAGUGGAAGCGAACCCGCCUGGACCGUCUGCUGGUGGAGUACUUGCUGCGUGCUGGUUGUUACUCUACUGCAACCAAGCUGGCAAGUUCCCGUGGCAUAGAGGGCCUGACCAACCUGGACGUCUUCCUGGUGGCAAGGGAGGUGGAGCAGUCCCUCGCAUGCCACGACACCUCCAAGUGCCUCUCCUGGUGCCACGACAACAAGAGUAAGCUACGCAAGCUCAAUUCCUCACUGGAGUUCAAUGUGAGGAUGCAGGAGUUUAUUGAGCUGAUCAGGAAUGAUCGGCGCAUGGAUGCCAUCCGACAUGCCAGGAAGUACUUCACUGGACAAGAGGCAGGACACUUGCCGUCAAUACAGCGCUGCAUGGCCUUGGUUGCCUUCCCAGCCAACACAGAUGUAAGCCCGUACAAGGAGCUGUUAUCUAAUGUUCGCUGGGACCAACUGAUUGAACAGUUCCGAGCUGAGAAUCUGAAGCUGUACCAGCUGUCUUCCCAGUCAGCCUUCUCUGUUGUGGUCCAAUCAGGUCUCUCAGCCCUGAAGACACCUCACUGCUACCGGGGAGCGACGGGCCACAACCCAGAUUGCCCUGUGUGCCAGCCCUCCCUCAACUCCCUGGCCUCCCCACUCCCCUAUGCCCACUGCUCCCAGUCCCGCCUGGUGUGUCACAUCAGUGGAGAGCAGCUCAAUGAGAACAACCAGCCCCUCAUGCUUCCCAAUGGCUAUGUGUAUGGCCAGAAGGCAUUGCAGCAGAUGGCUGACGAGAACAAUGGCACCAUAGUGUGUCCACGGACCCGCCAGACCUUCAACAUCAGGGAUGCUGAGAAGGUGUUUGUCAUGUGAGGAGCAAGGCAGGCAUGGGAGAGCAAGGUGGUAGCCCCACCUGUGACAUGUGGAUGGCUUCAGUUGCUCAGAUGUGUUGCCAUAGUAGUGACGAAUUCCCACAGACCUGUGGCCUAAAAAUUCAUAUUUUGUUGGUUGCUACAGAUAUAUUUUGUGUGUGUGUGUGUGUGUGUGUGUGUGUGUGUGUGUGUGUGUGUGUGUGUGUGUGUGUGUGUGUGUGUGUGUGUUAGUGCACAUAUGUGUAGGGAAAAGAUCUUAAUCUUGCACAGAAAGAUAUUGUGCUUUAAAGAGUCAAGUGAACUUAACGUCUGUAAACACAACCAUGCAUAUAAAUGCAAAAUAUGGAUGACAUUACAUGCUGAAGUACUUGCAUAAGUACAUUUGCCAUCAUGAAGUGGUAUGGUGACAGACACAAGUUUACUGGUGAGAUAAAUAAUUGUUUAUUGGUGUUCGAAAAACAAAAUGUCAUGUAUGCAAAGCUCCAUAGGCUGGGGAAAGCUAUGGCUAAAGAACUUUCAGUAUGCUGAGAACAAGGCUUUACAUUUAUCACAUUGUGCAGAAGUUAAUAUUUUGCCAUUAUUUAUUAAUUUAGAUACUUUAAGAUAUUCGUGUUUUUGGCCAAGUGUUUUGGGACAGAUAUUUUUAUUAGUUUUCUGUUUACUUCAGCUGAUGAGAACCCCUAUUAGUAGUAUCAUUUGUUGGGUUUCUUCCUGCAAAGCAGAACAAAGAUGUUUGUGUAAAGAAAUUAAACAUAUCAGUUAAUGUAGCUUAGUGAUUAUUGGUUAAAAGACAUGGAGAAUAUUUCAUAUAAGUUUAUACUUUCUGGUGUAGACAGUGACUGCAUGUGAUGUAUAUUUUGUACUGUUUUCUUUGUUGUGGAUUUUCCUCACGUUGGGAAUUUCACGAACUUCUUUUUUCACAGAAGGACUUUGAGGAACAUAACAGUGUUACUUCUGAUGAUUCAUUAUGAGCUCAGGAUAUUGUGUUUGUGUCCAUUGUAAGUGACUGCUGGUCCCUGUCUUCUUGAGAUGCAUUGUCUAGUGGAGGCUUUUGUGGGUGUUCUUGCUCCUCCCUGGCAUCACCAACUCUUUCUAAGUUUGUAUACAGCAAAAACAUUUAAUGUAAUGAAAUCAAACUUUUCAAGAGGCA